GACGCAGGUCUCUGGAGAUACGUGAGUCUGACCUGGAGAGGGCGGGGUCAGGGAGCUCGGCGGAGGUCAAGAUCCGCCAGCUUCCUGGAGCAGUUUCUGGAGACGGAGGAAUCGUCAAGAUCGGGCUCAGUCGAGUGGCAAGAUGUUGUGUCGACGGUGAGGCGCCGACUAUCUGCCUGCGCCCACAAGAUGUCGACGACGGAGGCGGUCAAGUCCCAGGUGAGUGAGGCUCCUCCUGUACUGCCGGGGGCGGAGCGAGCACCCCCGCAGGCACCCCAGGAAGGUCAUGUCGCCUCUACCACAGCGACGAUUUGGCCCCAGGAGAGAUUCCUUCCACGGAGACGACGAGCGGGAGACGCUUACUGUGGGCGGCGGAAGACUCAUCAACGUGGGCGGCGGGAGACUCAUCAACGUGGGGCUCUUCCGUCACCUGCCGAGGUUCCCCUUCAGUCAGACAGUGCCGGUGCCCGCCUCCAGGAUGACGGAGGCCAGGACCACUUGUAUCCCUGAGCAACGUAGGUUUGUCCGGCCGCAGCUCUUCGGGGAGAUGACCCCACCUAAACGGCGAGGCAUCCACUUUGGUCCUCCCCGGAACCCUCAGUGCUCGUGUGAUAACUGCCGCAGCUGGACCUCAGACUCCAGCUGGCAGGUUCAGGGCAGCAGGUUACGGGCGUGGUCCCUAACGAACCACCUGUGCCCCGAGACCAGGGAGACCAGGGAGACCUCUGUACUGCCCAGCUCCUUCCCGGGCACCACACUAUCCCGUGCCAACAGUAAUGUCAGCGAUAGCGCCACACACUCCCAUGUAGGCUCAACAACGACUAGAGGAAAGCAGCCAUAAACUAGAUCUGGUCCGGUUGUCUUUAGAGACUCUAUGGAGCG